AUGGAUGUAAAAAGCAGAAUUACAACCUCUGUGUGUGUUUUUUUUCAUCAUGUGUUAUGCAACACGGGGCAUGGCAGCAUUUUUGCACUGCAAUCUAUUUUAUGGAGGAAGAACAUAGACCAUGUGACACCUCCAGAUCUUGGUAGACUGCAUUCCAAAGGAAAAGCUUUCACACACACAAUACAUGUUGUGUUACACAUUUUUACAGCUGAACUGACUGUGAGCCUUCCACUUUCUACUAUGGGCUACUUUAUCAAAGGAUGGUGCUUUGUUGCCUUUGUGGCAAUAAUUGGAUAUCUGUACAGAGACACUUUUGACCCUGAAAGUCUUGCCAAUGCUAAGGUCCUAGUUACAGGUGCAAGUACUGGCAUUGGUGAAGAAAUAGCAUACCACUAUUCCAGGGCAGGUGCACACCUCUUACUAACAGCAAGAAGGGAAGAUGCUCUGCUCAAGGUGAAAACCAAGUGCCUGAAGCUUGGAGCAAAGAGUGUGUCGCUGGCCCCUGCUGACAUGGCCUCAUCAGAAGCUCGUGAAAAAGUGAUGGAACAAGCUAUAACUGCCAUGGGAGGUUUGGACUAUCUGGUGUUAAAUCACAUUGGUACAAGCCCAUUUGAAAUGUGGGACGGAAAUAUCAAUUACAUAAGGUGGCUAAUGGAGGUGAACUUCCUCAGCUACGUCCAUCUUGCCACCAUGGCUCUCCCCCACUUGACAGAAUCAAAAGGUUCCGUUGUUGUUCUAUCCUCUCUUACAGGUAAAAUUGCAACCCCAUUUACCACAUCAUAUGGUGCGACAAAGUUUGCAUUGGACGGAUUCUUUUGGUCUCUGCGACAUGAACUAGCCAUGAAAAAUGUGCAGGUGUCCAUUACUUUGUGCAUCCUUGGCCUCAUUAAUACCCAAUCAGCUAUGGAGAAAGUCAAAGAUAAGAUCGCUAUGCCUGCUUACCCUGCCCAAGAUGCAGCCUUAGCAGUGGUGUCAGCUGGGACCAGCCGUGUGUCAGAGAUGUAUUAUCCUUGGUAUGUAAGACCCGUCUGCUUCGUCAGAGACUGGUUUCCACAGAGCAGAGACUGGAUGAUACAGAGGUCAUACCAACAAGCGUCAGAUGAGAAGCACUAAAAAAUUAAAAGUACUAGAAACCAUUUUUUUUUUAUUAUAAGCAAAACUUGCAUUAUGAUAUUGUUUGUGAUGUUAAUGUAAAAUUUGUUUUUAAAAUACCAAACUGCUUACCAGUCUUUAUUAA